UGGGUUGAUGGAAAUGUAGUGAACAGAUUGAGACAGACAGUGAAUCAUUAGCAAACUGCAACGCCAGGAUGAACUUGUCUGGAACCUAAAAGGAGAAAGAAAGGGGGGGAAAAAAAGAACAAAACAAAACAGCAGCUCGCGUCUAUCGUUUCCUGGGUUUUUGUUCCAUAAAAGCCAAAGUGGAUCUAAAAGCUGGUGGAUCGCCAGUUCAAGAUGCUCCUGGUUUCCCAGCGGGUAGAAGCACCACGCAUGGAGCCCCAUAUUCCGUCCCAGGGAUCCAUUAAGAGGAAGUUGGAAGGUGACAGCUCUCCGGCCGCUGGCGUGGGACCCGAAGGGAUUUACGCUAAUGAUGUUAAGAGGCCGUGCCUUGAUGAUGUGACUCUUUCUCUGGGACAGAGUACCAAUGCCAGUGUCUCCUGUCCUGAGAUGCAGAACUCUCCGUUCUCAAUGAAUCAUAGCACCCCACCUCUGGGGGUCACUGCCCAUCCCGGGCUACUGGAAAAUAGCCACAUGAAUGGCAGCAGCAUCGGUUCUCCCUUUUCGGUACCGCCCAAUCCGGAAAUGGGACAGAAAGGGUCCAUGGGAGGGCAGAACAACAUGAUUCAUUAUGACGAAAAAGUCAACAAUCUGCAGUCAAUGGACCAGGAGCUGCAGGAUCUGCUAGAGGAGCUGACCAAAAUGCCCGAUCCUUCUCCUAACGAGCUGGACCUCGAGAAGAUACUGGGGAGCAAGCCAGAGGAGCCACUCGCCAUGGGCCACCCGCAGCCAGCCUUGAGCACCACCCCCAAGCCUUCUCCCCAGACAUCUCACUUGGAGAACCAUAUGUCCGCCAAGGAGUUUUCUCCCGGCUGCAAUCCGACCAGUGGUGGGUCACCUCAGAUGCGGCCAUCCUCUGCCGGGGCCAGUUAUCCAGUUCCGCCUCCCAACAAACCUACUGCCUCACCCAUUUCUUCCACCGCCCAGGGCAAGAAUCCGUCCCAGCCUCUGCUUCCAGUCUCCUUGCCCACCCUCCCGGGGCCUCACUGGCAUCACGCACACCAGCUGAAGGCCCUGGCAGCCAGCAAACAAGUGUCUUCUACGAAACAACCAGUGUCGGCGGGGAACUGGUCGACGAUGUCUCCGCCAGGCCUCUCGCCACCGUAUAGGCAAGGGUCCUCCCCCCACCACCAGCCUUUCAGCCCUCAGAACGUCCUGGUGUCCGGCAUGGCCACCAACAGUUUGCCGGGGAACAGCAUCCAGAGCCCUCCCAACUCCUUGCUCUCCAGCAUGGCCUCGAGUGGCAACCCAACUAGCGGGCCUUCUCCGCCAUACGGCUCCGAGAAACUCUCCAGUCCGGCUCUCAGUCAGCAGCAGUUCAGCCCUCAAAAUCCCAUGCUGGCCACCAUGGCCCCCGCAGCCAUCACUGCAAAUAACAUUAAGAGCCCACAGAGCAACUUGGUGUCCAACAUGGCACCCACCAGUACGGGGCCUUCCCCACCCUACAGACCGGAAAAGCUGUCGAGCCCUGCCCUCCACCAGCAACCCUUCAGCCCUCAGAACGCGUUAAUCCCCGCUAUCACCCCGGCCAGUAACUCGACGAGCAUGCAGAGUUCGCUGUACAAGUCCAUGGCGACAAAUCAGCCCAAAAGCCUGAACGUGAUUUUGCAUCAGUCGCCCAAUGGCUUGCAGUCCAGCCUGGUGAAUGAGAGCGCCGUGGCCCAAGAGCAGUUUUCCUUUAGUAACACCAAGCCCCUGUCCCACUUCGCUUCCGAGUCCGCUCCUCAGAAGAUGCCCUCGAUGCCGGCAGGGACAGGGCAGCCGUCCCUGCUGCACUACUUACAGCAACCGCAGCAGGCUUCGUCCGGCCAGCAGGCCCAGCAGUCUCCCAGCAAUGCACAGUUUUUGCUUCAACGGAUAAUGCUGCCCCGCCAACAGAUACAGAGGCAAAUGCAGCCCGCCACUUUGUCUUCUCAGCCUAGGCAGGAGUCAAAUCCUGGAAUUGUUGCCAGGCUCCAAGAACCUGGCACCCUCCCAAGUGCAGGCAGCUCGGCCCCGGCUCCAGCUCCCGCUCCAGCCACAGUGAAUGGCUGUAUGAGGAACCAUCUACUGAAGCAACAGAUUCUGCGGCGACAGCACAUUAUGCAGCAGGAGAAGCAGAGACCGAAUAUCAUGGCAGUAGCGUCGGAUCAACGGACUUCAUUCGUACCUCAGCAGAUGAGUCAGUUUCAAACAGUACCACAACCUAUGUCUUCCGACUGUGGCCAGCCCAUGCCUACUCCUCCGCCCAAUCACCGCAUGAUGUCAUCCACCUCCGGCAUCCUUCAGAACGCUCUGGGGUCGGGGAUCAUCCCGACCACCGUCAACCAGAACAGUGGGACCAUGGUCAUGAUCCCCCAUAACCCGACGAAGCACCCGGGGAUGUUUCCGCCCAGCCCUGAUUUUAACAUCUCUCUGCGCCCAAGCCAGACGUCUCUGGGCCUGGGGUCGGGUUGCCAGACAGCUCACAGUCACUCCGCGGCACGCGCUGGGAUGGCUCUCCCCGCGUUUAGUUCCAACCCUCUGGCCAACCAUUCGGCGAGCCCCCUCCACAUCAGACAGCCCAGUAUGCCAAGAAUUCCCAGCGUCUACACCAACUCCUCCUCCCAGCUGUGGACACCGGCGGGGGUCUCUCGGAUGCCCAGUCAGAGCCAAGUGGAUAGCAGCAUGCAGCAGUUCUCCAACAGCCCUCUCUUCUCCAAACAAAACGUGAGGCCCAACCUUCCAGGACAGCAGUUCUCCCAUCAGGCGGUAGUGCCCCCAAAUCAGAUUGCGCCCGGAGUGCAGGUCAGGCAGAUCCCCAAACUGAACAUCACCCAGCCCAGCCAAAGCCUCAGCCCGCUGAAUAGCCAGAACUUAAGACACAACCUCACCAGAGGCCCGAUGCCGGCCAUGAGCGUUAUGAAAUCCAUGCCGCAGAGCGUGUCCGGUUUCAAUCAGCUCGGUUCCGCGCCGGGCAUCGGGCCACCGAGUUAUCCCUCCACAGGCCAGCCCUCUGGGACCUUCGGGAGAAUGAGUUCCUCGGCGGAACUGCCGCAGUACGAUUUUGUCCCCCAACAGAAUAAUUCCAUCCUGCCGGCGAACUGCAGCGAGACUGACUUCAUUGAUUCGCUCAUGAAAAACAGCAGCAGCACGGAUGAAGACUGGUUGAACAAUUUGACAAUGAUAGAUGACAUUUUGGGACAACACGCUCCGAGUUCUGGACAUGUCUAGCCCUCAGCGGCCUAGAUUUGUACAUACCUUAAGUCUCACUUCAAACCGCCCGUGACCACCAAAAACCAACCAUAUAUUAGGAGGAAAAAAGGAAAAAAACAAAAAAACAAAAAGCCAGCCUCUUUCAGUCCUGAUUGAGAGGACGCAGCCAAUCCUUUGCCUGUGACAAAGCUGAAUAUUGGCAGUUUUUCAAACAACUGUAUAUACUUGAACAUUUUGUAAAUUAUGUUUUCGUAAACAUUAAAUAUAGAAGUAUGUAUACUUCUUUCGUGACUGUUUGUAAAUACAUCUAUAGCUUAAUUUUUGUUUUACUA